AUAUCACAACCCCCCAGACCACUUCAACCUCAACCACCAACUUAUCCGUCUGCGAAGCUCUUAUUAAAUAAGGGCAAAGCUGCUGUUUCUUGAUACCCAAUCCUCAAUACCCUCAAUUCAUAUACUUCAUUCACAAUGGUAAGCUUGCUUUAUUAAAUAAAACAUUAUAUAUACCUCAAAUAUGCUAUCAAUAUUAUGAACAACCAGCUAACAUCAACUUCCAGAGCUCCCCAUUCUCCAUCAGUACAUCCCCUCUUUCAUCUACCCACCUCCAGCUCUCGAAACAAAAUACUAAUCAAGCCCCUCUUCAGAUGGCGGUGCCUGCGUAGCAAUGGUAGGCAAAGACUGCGUAGCCAUAGCCUGCGAUCUCCGACUCGGUCUCCAAGCCCUAACCGUCUCCAACAACUUCCCCAAGAUAUUCUCCUACGGUCCCUCCGUCUAUCUCGGUCUCACCGGCCUCGCAACCGACGUCUCCACCGUCUCGGAUCUCUUCCGCUACAAAGUAAACAUGUAUCGACUCCGCGAAGAGCGCAAUAUUUCUCCCACCACCAUGGCGAAUUUAGUGUCGAGUUCGCUAUAUGAGCGUCGUUUUGGUCCGUUUUUCGUUAGUCCUGUGAUUGCGGGGUUGGAUCAGAAGACGGGGAAGCCAUUUAUUUGUGGGUUUGAUAGUAUUGGUUGUAUCGAUUUUGCAAAGGAUUUUAUUGUUAGUGGAACUGCGAGUGAUCAAUUGUUUGGUACUUGUGAGGGUUUGUGGGAACCAGAUCUGGUGAGUUUGAUUUUUAAGGUUUUUUAUGCUUUGAUCAUCGCGGGAAUUCUUGCAGGUUUCUCUUAUGGGAUGUCUUACGGGUGUGUCUGAAUGGAACGGCAAAAGCUACAUAUCAUGUCAAAUCAUAACUAACAACCAACCUCCACAAACUAGGGACCAGAAGAUCUCUUCGAGACAAUAUCACAAGCACUCUUGAACGCAGUCGACAGAGAUGCCUUGUCAGGUUGGGGUGCCCACGUUUACAUCAUCGAGAAGGACAAGGUCACCAAGAGGUUAUUGAAGGGUAGACAAGAUUAAAUAGCAUGGAUAAUGACUUCGUUAUGAUUCUGACGGAGGACGAAGUCGUGCUCAUAACCUUGAGGAAGGAUGAAAUCGCAUUCCUGACAGGAAACGAUGCAUACGACUGUAUGAGACAAUGCUCAAGGGUUCUCAGAGGAAGGAAUAAGUGAAAGAUGCUUGCUUGCAUGCAGAUUAGCAAGCAGGCAAGGCAAGGCAUCAAGGGCUUGAGAGAUAGAAAAUGAGCAUAAAUGACACAUUUACGUAUUGCGUUUGCGAUUCCACUUUCAUUUCCAAAUACGAAAGCAACGCAACGAGCCAUUGCAAACUCCAAAU